AUGACCAGUCUCCAUGCGUUCGUCCCGGGUGGUGCCUGGUACAGCAAGGACGUUGGCAGCUCCAAGUACUGCAAUAUCCUGGGCAUCGGUUUGAAAAACGACCCGCACGAGUCCCAUCAUGUGCAGAGUCAACGAGAUGUUGCAGGACUGGCUAGCGUCCAGUGUGGGUUUUUGCCUGGGGUUUUGACGCGUGGACGUAAGCAAAGGAGUCGCGUCCACCGCAGUGGUGGGGCUGGAGAUGAGACUUUGCAAAAGACCACGGGGAAGAUGGAGCACCCGACAGAUGGUCGGCUGCUGGAGAAGAGAGUACUCAGACACGGCAUAGUCAAGAGCGAGCUUCUCGGUCUGUACCUCUUCAACACAACCGAGCAAGCGUCAGGUGUGGAAUAG